UAAACAAAUAAACACAAAACGUCUGCCUCUUUAUCAGAGGCUCUAAAUCAUAAUAUAAAUAAAUUGAAAUGAGUUCGUUAACUGAAAAGUUGCUUGUGGCGAAGGAUGCGCUAGUGUCGGCCCUGGGUGACAACUGGGAAGCCUAUAGGUCAAAUAUGAAGAGCUGGUUUCGCAAUCGCUGGACCAAGGAACAAUUUGACACUGAAUGUCGUAAAAUAAUGACACAAGAGAACAUACAUUUACACAAUCAGUUCUUGCUGGCGAUGCUAAACAAAGUCGAUGCAUUUUCCCAGCCAGAAACACUAAGUACACUACAGCCAGCCGGUCGUGUCUCUGCCAGCGCCAGCAGCAGUCGGAAACGCAAGCGCAGCUCACGUAAUUUUGCAGAUCGCAUCAACUUUGAACUCUGCGAUGUGAUGGAGUUCAUUAAGGAGGACAAUAUGCAGUUAAUACGCGCACCCACAUUAGGCGUAGAUCAAACUCUGCAGCAACAACAGCAGCUUCCAAGUCAACGUUACUGUGCGCAGGAGUUGUUUCUGCCUGAUUCUGGCUUCAUAAUGGGACGUUUUCUCAUAGGCGCCUGGGAAAUAGGCCUCAUAUCGGUGGACGACAAUGUGGCCGAAUAUGUAGCUAUGGCUGUUCAGGUAAUGCUCAAGGACUUGAUCUCAGCUAUUAUCAAGAAACGCAAGCAUUAUAAAACCAGCGGCGAGGGAAACUUUUACUAUGAUGUGGGUGCCCAGCUGCGCGAUCCUUCACUGCGCAAUACUGUAACAAGGCAAAAGGUGGAUGAUACACCGUUGGAACAUGACAAGGAGCUGAAUACGGCCAACUUUAUGCGGCGACAGAACGAUGAUAUCGUCUUUCUUUCCGCCUGCGAGCAAGUGGAGCCCACCGAGCGCACUGUAAUUACGCUCAGGGACUGCCAACAUGCCUUUAGAGAUCGCAAUCUUAUAGGCUCCCAUGCCAUCUACUCAAUUAACAUGGAACGCUUGAAUAUGAUGAUGCAUUAGUUUAGCUUUAUUUAUUAUUAUAAUUAGACUUGCAGAAAACUUAGAUAUU